AUGCCUUUCCACGCAACGGUCCUCUACCCGAAUGAACCCGACACCAAGUUCGACAUGUCGUACUACCUCAAAACCCAUAUGCCUCUGGUGAUGGAAAGCUUCGGGAAGCAUGGUCUCAAGAGAUGGGAAGUGCUAGAAUACAAGCCCGGUGCGGAUGGCGCGCAGCCAAAGUUCGGCGUGGGAGCGACAUUGAUCUUUGAUACGCCUGAGCAACUGGGUGCGGCAUUGUCUUCGGAGGACGCAAAGCCCGUCUUUGGAGACAUCGCAAACUUCUGCAACAAACAGCCCGUCUUUCUCGGAGGAGAGCUGGUGGGGAUUUCUUAA